AUGAGUGCGGGAGGAGGGAACGACAAGCAGCAGCAGCAGCAACAGCCGCCCCUGGGGGCGAGGUUUCGACAGUGCGUGGCGUGCCUCGAGAAGAGCGCGUUUGAGCAGGGCGGCGAGGCUGACCAGCCGUGGUUCCUGUACAACAUGCGCUACGCCAUCGACUUCUGCAUCUUCGGCUACCCCAACGGCACGGGCGGCGCCGGCUCCAACCCGUGCCUCACGUCCGAAGCGUGCGGGCGGCUGGCGCGCGCGCUCGAGACAGGCAUCCCCGUCACCGACGGCAGCCGCGCCAGGGCGGCGACGGACGCGUACUCGUACUGCGAGGCCGAAAAGGGCGUCUGGAAGAGCCGCUACCUCGACUCGUGCGUGCAGUGCGUCAAGGCGGAUGGCAAGCAUCGCUAUCUCGCAAACUUCCUCAUCGCCCUCGACGCAGCAUGCAAGCAAAAGCCCUCGCGCGGCCUCGUCCUCGGCCUCAACGACACCGUCUUCGCCAACACCACCGUCGAGCCUGCCGAGCCGUCCCCGCCAUCGUCCCCGCGACGGCCCUCGUCCCCGGACGCCGCCUCGGACAGCGACGGCGGGCCUGCCCUCUCCGCGGGCGCCAUAGCCGGCAUCGUCGUCGGCACCAUCGUCCUGGUCGCCCUCGCCGCCGGGUGCGUCUUCAUGUACUGCUGCUGCUUCCGCCGCCGCCGCCGCCGUGGGCGCAGGGGCCGCAGGAUCAAGGCGCCGCCGUCCACGCCCUCGCCGCCGCCGCUAGCACAGCAAGAACCAGAACCAGAGCCGUCGCCGCUCCCGCUGCAGAGGCAUUCUCCCGUACCGCUAGCUCCGGGGGCGGCCGGACAUUCUGGACAUGAGACGGGCGUGAUGCCCAACCCGGGCACCUAUGGGUCAGGGGCGGCGGUUGGACAGGGCUACGGGCAGCAGCAGCAGCAGCAGCAGCAGUAUCACCACGAGCAGCAGCAGCAGGAGGAGGAAAUAGACUACGAUGGGCGCUUCUUCGGCAACGACAAGACGCAAAAGAUGGCACAGGUAUCCUUGUCGCCCGUCGCAAACUCCAAGCCCAUCGCCAUAUGGCCCGCCCGCCCCGCGCCAGACCCUCCCCAGGGGCACACCAACGGCGCCCUCACGUCCAUCAAGACUGACUCCCUCCCCACAGACGCCUCGGCCAACAACACCACCGACGCCAUCACGCCGCCCACGUCAACCGUCUCGACCUUUUCCACCGUCCCCCUGCUGAGCGACCCGUCGUACAAGUCCACGGGGUCGCCCGCCGUCGGCUCGAGUCCCGUCUUCGCCGCGGGGCAUGCGUCCUCCGUGGUAACAAACGGCCUGCCGCGCGGCGCCCAUCAUCAGGAUUAUCAGCAACAACAGCAGCAGCAGCAGUGGUACCAACAGGAGCAAGGGCAGCAGCAGCAGCAGCAGGAGAAACGCAAAAAUAAGAAGCGCAGGGGCAGCAGCGCUGGCUCACCCUUCGAGUCGACCAAAAUCCAGACCGCAUUUGCGCCGCCGCCCAAGGGCUGA